AUGAAUGAAGACGAUAUAUUUCAAACAGCAAAAUUUGUUAUCCAAGGUCUUGAUGCACUUAAAAAUGAAUAUGAAAAAAUUCUUGAAAAUAUUAUUCAUUCGACGAAAAUAUUAUCAUCAAAUAAAAUCGACGAAAAAAUUGGUUUACUUCGAAAAUCAAUGGAUAUGAUUGAUUUAGGAAUUAAUGAAGUUCAAGUCAUGAUGCAAAUAGAUAAUCAUUUACAAAAUCUUGAAGGUGAAAAACAUAAAUUACGUACACAAGUUAAACGUUUAUGUCAAGAAAAUGCUUGGUUACGUGAUGAAUUAGGAUCAACACAAAGAAAAUUACAUGAAUCUGAACAAACCAAUGCUACGUACACAGUUGAACUUGAAAAUUUAAAAUUCUUAAAAGAUAUUAAAUUAUUUGAUGAUGAUAAUGAAAAUUCUACUGAUCAAACAAUAUCAGAAAUAAAUUUAGAUUUUAAUGAUGAUCAAAUUCAUGAGCAAGAUUUGAUUAAUAAUUUAUUUCCAUUAGACGAUAGUGAACAAGAUAUUUCUUCAGAUAAUCAACAAACUUAUUUGAAUAAAAUUGAUUCUGAUACUGAUCUAUUCAUGUUAUCAUCACAACUUGUGAAUGGUUCAUUUAUUUCAGCAAAUGGUUGUGAAAUACCAAAUAGAUUAAAAACUUUACAUAGUUUAGUUACUGAAUAUACAUCUCAGGGACGACAUGAAAUAGCUAUACAUUUAUGUCAACAAGCACUUGAAGAUCUGGAGACAACAUUAGGACAUCAACAUCCUGAUGUUGCAACCAUGCUCAAUAUUCUUGCACUUGUUUAUCGUGAUCAAUCAAAAUUUAAAGAAGCAAUUUCAUUACUCUAUGAUGCACUUGCGAUUCGAGAAAAAACACUUGGAUAUGAUCAUCCAGCUGUAGCAGCCACAUUAAAUAAUCUUGGUGUUCUUUAUAGUAAACGUAACAAAUUCAAAGAAGCUGAACCAUUAUGUAAACGUGCACUUGAAAUUCGUGAAAAAUCUUUAGGUCCAUCACAUCCUGAUGUUGCUAAACAACUUAAUAAUCUUGCCUUCAUCUGUCAAAAUCAAGAAAAAUAUGAUGAAGUUGAAUCAUAUUAUAAACAUGCAAUUGAUAUCUAUACAAAUAAUUUUGGAGUCAAUGAUCCAAAUGUAGCUAAAACAAAACAUAAUCUUGCAUCAGCUUAUUUAAAACAACAAAAAUACAUUGAAGCUGAACAAUUAUAUAAAGAUGUUCUUAGAUGUGCAUAUGAAAGAAAUUUUCAAUCAUCAACAAAAAUUAGAAAUAAUAAUAUAGAAAACAAUUUGUAUAAAACCAUUCAAAUUGAUACACCGACACUAACAGCAACAUUAAAAAAUCUUAGUUUGCUUUAUCGACGACAAGGUCGAUUUGAUGCAGCUGAGAUAAUGGAAAAUUGUGCAUCACGUACUCAAAAAGAUUCACAAGCUAUUGUUCAAGUACUAAAUUUGGUUCAACAAGUAAAUGAUCUUUCAUAA